AUGGUGGUGAAACAAAAAUCUAGCUUUUUAGCACGAUACCGGCUAACAAAGCGGGAAGUCACCAAAUCUGUGCAACCCCUUCUGCUGGGACGAAUAAUAGCUUCCUAUGACCCAGACAACUCUGAUGAAAGAUCCAUAGCCUACUACCUGGCCAUUGGCUUGUGCCUUCUCUUCCUUGUGAGAACACUACUCAUACACCCUGCUAUAUUUGGUCUUCAUCAUAUAGGAAUGCAAAUGAGAAUAGCUAUGUUUAGCUUGAUUUAUAAGAAGAUCUUAAAACUGUCAAGCAGAGUUCUAGAUAAAAUAAGUACUGGGCAAUUGGUCAGUCUUCUCUCCAACAAUCUGAACAAAUUUGAUGAGGGUCUUGCUCUGGCUCAUUUUGUAUGGAUUGCACCUUUACAAGUGGCACUGCUGAUGGGACUGCUCUGGGAUAUGUUAGAAGCUUCUGCAUUUUCUGGACUUGCUUUGCUAAUAGUCCUGGCCUUUUUCCAAGCCUGGCUGGGACAAAUGAUGAUGAAAUACAGGAAUAAGAGGGCAGGAAAGAUCAAUGAGAGACUUGUCAUCACCUCAGAAAUAAUUGAAAAUAUACAGUCAGUUAAAGCCUAUUGUUGGGAAGAUGCAAUGGAAAAAAUGAUUGAAAGCAUCCGUGAAACUGAACUGAAGCUAACCCGAAAAGCUGCUUAUAUGAGAUAUUUCAACAGCUCAGCCUUCUUCUUUUCAGGCUUUUUUGUGGUGUUUUUAGCUGUGCUUCCAUAUGCCGUGACUAAAGGAAUUAUUCUCCGAAAAAUAUUUACCACCAUUUCCUUCUGCAUUGUUCUUCGAAUGACAGUGACCAGGCAGUUUCCCGGGUCCGUACAGACCUGGUAUGACUCUGUUGGAGCAAUAAACAAAAUACAGGAUUUCUUGCUGAAAAAAGAAUACAAAGCCCUGGAGUAUAAUCUAACAACCACUGGGGUUGAGCUGGACAGAGUAACAGCUUUUUGGGAUGAGGGAAUUGGAGAGCUGUUUGUAAAAGCAAACCAGGAAAACAACAACAGCAAAGCUCCUAGCGCUGACAACAAUCUCUUCUUCAGUAAUUUUCCCCUUCAUGCGUCUCCUGUUCUUCAGGAUAUAAAUUUCAAGAUUGAGAAGGGACAGUUAUUAGCUGUUUCUGGAUCUACUGGAGCAGGCAAGACUUCUCUUCUGAUGUUGAUAAUGGGAGAACUGGAGCCUUCGCAGGGUAAAAUUAAACACAGUGGAAGGAUAUCCUUUUCACCGCAAGUCUCCUGGAUCAUGCCUGGAACAAUAAAAGAAAACAUAAUUUUUGGUGUAUCCUAUGAUGAAUACCGAUACAAGAGUGUCAUCAAAGCCUGCCAACUAGAAGAGGACAUUUCCAAGUUCCCAGACAAAGAUUAUACAGUGCUGGGCGAAGGUGGAAUCAUUCUGAGUGGAGGCCAGCGAGCACGAAUCUCACUAGCAAGAGCAGUGUACAAAGAUGCUGAUUUGUAUCUCCUGGAUUCUCCUUUUGGACAUUUAGACAUUUUUACAGAAAAAGAGAUAUUUGAAAGCUGUGUGUGCAAAUUGAUGGCGAAUAAAACUAGGAUCUUGGUUACUUCAAAACUGGAACAUUUAAAGAUUGCUGACAAAAUACUAAUUUUACAUGAGGGGAGCUGCUAUUUCUAUGGAACAUUUUCUGAACUUCAGGGUCAACGGCCAGACUUCAGCUCAGAGCUGAUGGGAUUUGAUUCUUUUGAUCAGUUCAGUGCAGAGAGAAGAAAUUCAAUUAUAACUGAGACUCUCCGACGAUUUUCCAUUGAAGGAGAAGGCAUGGGACCACGAAAUGAAAUAAAGAAGCAAUCUUUUAAACAAACAUCCGAUUUUAAUGACAAAAGGAAGAACUCCAUAAUUAUUAACCCCCUUAAUGCAAGUAGGAAGUUCUCAGUAGCUCAGAGGAAUGGGAUGCAGGUCAAUGGGAUAGAAGAUGGCCACAACGACCCACCAGAAAGGAGGCUCUCGCUGGUACCUGACUUGGAACAGGGAGACGUAGGUCUGUUUCGGAGUAACAUGCUAAACGCUGAUCAUAUCCUGCAAGGUCAGAGGAGGCAAUCUGUGUUAAACCUGAUGACGGGCACCUCUGCGAACUAUGGACCAAACUUUUCCAAAAAGGGAAGUGCAACAUUUCGGAAAAUGUCUAUGGUGCCUCAGACAAACCUGUCUUCUGAGAUAGAUAUCUACACCAGGCGCUUGUCUCGAGACAGUGUCUUGGACAUAACUGAUGAAAUCAAUGAAGAGGAUUUGAAGGAAUGCUUUACUGAUGAUGCUGAAAGCAUGGGUACUGUUACCACAUGGAACACCUAUUUCAGAUACAUUACCAUCCACAAAAACUUGAUUUUUGUUCUAAUUUUGUGUGUGACUGUCUUCUUAGUUGAGGUAGCUGCUUCUCUUGCUGGGUUAUGGUUUCUUAAAAAGACAGCUUCGAAUGCGAAUGCAAAUGCAACACAAGCACAAAACAGUACCUCUGACAAACCUCCUGUGAUUGUCACUGACACUAGCGCCUACUACAUCAUUUAUAUCUACGUGGGAGUGGCAGAUACCCUGCUGGCCAUGGGAAUCUUCAGAGGUUUGCCCCUUGUGCAUACGCUUAUAACGGUGUCUAAAACUCUUCAUCAAAAGAUGCUGCACGCAGUUCUUCAUGCACCUAUGUCAACAUUCAACUCUUGGAAAGCAGGUGGUAUGCUUAACAGAUUCUCAAAAGAUACGGCAGUACUGGAUGACUUACUUCCACUCACAAUAUUUGACUUCAUUCAG